AUGAAGGAUGCUGUGAUUGGGCAGUUUCUCCUGGUGCUCAUAGCAGCGUCCAGUGCGGCUGCACAAGCCGUCGCCACCUCCACUCACAGUAAUGAAACGGACCGCCUCUCCCUGCUUGAGUUCAAGAAGGCCAUCGUCCUCGACCCGCAGCGAGCCCUGGCGUCCUGGAACGAGAGCACCCACCUCUGUUAUUGGGAAGGCGUCUCUUGCAGGACCAGGGACCUGCGCCGCGUCGUCUCUCUUCGCCUAGUCAACCGGGGUUUAGUGGGGCACAUCUCUCCAUGGCUCGGGAACCUGACGUUCCUCAGAAAUCUAGCACUGCCGAAAAACACUUUCACGGGGGAGAUCCCUUUGUCCCUUGGCCGCCUUCGUCGCCUCCAGACCGUCCACCUUAGCAAUAACAUUCUGCAGGGCAGCAUCCCCACCAGCCUUGCAAACUGUUCCAGCCUCAAGGUCCUGUGGCUCAACAACAAUGGUCUGGAUGGCCAAAUUCCUGCGGACCUCCCUCCGAACCUCCAGCAGCUGCAGCUUUCAACUAACGACAUUGGUGGAACCAUCCCUCCUUCCAUUGCCAAUGUCUCAGCAAUGAGGAAGCUCAGCUGUGCGUUUAAUCGUAUCCAGGGCAGCAUCCCUGACGAGCUUGCACAGUUGGGCGGGCUGGAGAUUCUUUAUCUGGGUAGUAAUCUGUUGGUAGGCAUGUUUCCACCAGCCAUCCUCAAUCUUUCCAGUCUCACCGGCCUCGGGCUUAACACGAAUAUGUUAAGUGGCGAGGUACCGUCCGACAUAGGUAACUCUCUGCCUAAUCUCCAGAUACUUUCGUUAGGCCAGAACUUCUUUCAUGGGGAAAUCCCGCAUUCAUUCGUAAACGCAACCAGUCUACGUGUCUUGGACAUAUCGACGAAUAAUUUUACUGGGGUUGUGCCUAGCUCCAUUGGCAGACUCUCCAAACUUGUCAAGUUAAAUAUUGAGACGAAUAAGGUCCAAGCACGCAACAAGCAAGAAUGGGACUUUGUGAGUAGCUUAGCAAACUGCACUGAGCUACAAGGUCUCUCGUUAGCAGGUAAUCUUCUAGAAGGUCAGGUGCCAAGUUCAUUGAGUAACCUUUCCAUUCAUGUUCAGUAUCUGUUUUUGGGACAAAAUCGGUUGGCAGGGAGCUUUCCUUCCGGCAUAGCAAACUUUCCCAACCUGAUCAUUUUAGGAUUGGACUACAAUCGAUUUACAGGUGUGGUACCACACUGGCUGGGAGCAUUCAAAAAUUUGCAAAAACUGAGCUUAUCCACCAACAUGUUUACAGGCAACAUUCCUUCCUCCCUUUCCAAUUUAUCCCAAUUAAUAGAACUCCUUCUAGACACAAACCAAUUCAUUGGGCACAUACCGACAAGCUUGGGAAACCUUCAAUCGCUUGAAACACUGAGCAUUUCCAAUAAUAAUCUUCAUGGUAGGGUGCCAGAGAGGAUCUUUAGCAUUCCAACAAUAAGGGAAAUUGGAUUAUCAUCCAACAACCUUCACGGACAACUUCCUGCAGAAGUAGGCAACGCCAAGCAGCUCGUGAUUUUGUUGCUUUCAGCCAACAAGUUAUCUGGAGAUAUUCCAAGCACUGUGGGUGCUUGCAAAAGUUUGGAAGACAUUGAGUUGGACAAUAAUAUUUUCAAUGGCAACAUCCCCGCUUCAUUCGGCAACCUAUUUGGCCUAAAAGUCCUCAAUUUGUCUUACAAUAACUUAACCGGUUCAGUACCAGCGUCUCUUGGGAACCUUCAGCAUCUUGAACAAUUAGAUUUGUCGUUCAACCAUCUUGAGGGCAAGGUUCCAGUACAUGGAAUAUUCAAGAACGCAACUGCCACACAUAUUGAUGGAAAUCAGGGCCUUUGUGGUGGGGCAUCGAACUUAUACCUGCCUUCAUGUUCUGUUAUGUCUUCAAAUAUAUCUAAAUACAGGCUACCUGUAAUAUUCAAAGUAGCAAUCCCACUCGCUUGCAUGCUCUCACUGCUUGCUACGGUGAUCUUUGUGUUGCUUUGGCGGAGGAAAAAACAUAUGAGAAGUUCUAUGUCUUCGCUCUCAUUUGAUAGCAAAUUUCCUAAAGUUUCUUAUAAGGAUCUUGCUAGAGCAACUGAUGGAUUCUCUGUAUCCAAUUUGAUUGGCACGGGAAGAUACAGUUCAGUAUAUAGAGGGAAGAUACUUCAAGAAGAAAAUGUGGUUGCAGUGAAAGUAUUGUGCUUAGAGACAAGGGGAGCACAGAGGAGCUUCAUUGCAGAGUGCAAUGCUUUGCGAAAUGUGCGACACCGCAAUCUAGUCCGUAUCUUAACUGCAUGCUCUAGCAUCGAUUCUAGAGGAAAUGAUUUCAAAGCGUUAUUGUAUGAGUUCAUGCCAGGAGGGGAUUUGCAUAACUUGCUUUACUCAACGGAAGGCAAUGGCAACUCUUUAAAACAGAGCUACAUUUCACUUGCUCAAAGGUUAAACAUUGUGGUGGAUAUAGCAGAUGCAAUGGCGUACCUGCACCAUAACCACCAUGGAAGUAUUGUUCAUUGUGAUCUCAAACCCAGCAACAUUCUUUUGGAUAAUGGCAUGGUAGCUCAUGUUGGAGACUUUGGACUCGCACGGUUGCAAGUCUAUCCCAUGUCAUCAUCCUUUGAUGGCUCGACAUCGGUUUCUUCGCUUGCAAUCAGGGGAACCAUAGGAUAUGUUGCUCCAGAAUAUGGAGCAGGUGGUCAAGUUUCUACCGCUGCAGAUGUUUACAGUUUUGGGGUCGUUCUCCUUGAAAUAUUCAUACGAAAGAGCCCAACAGAUGACAUGUUCAAGGACGGAUUAAGCAUUGCAAAGUUUGCAGAGGUCAACUUCCCUGACAAGAUGUUGCAGAGUGUCGAUCCACAACUGGUACAGGAGUUGGACCUUUGCCAAGAAGCUCCAUCGGCGGAGGAUAAUGGAGUACAUUGUUUACUUUCUGUGCUGAAUGUUGGCCUUUGCUGCACCAAGUCCUCUCCAAGUGAUCGCAUCAACAUGGAGGAGGUGGCUGGCAGGCUGCAUAGAGUCAGGGAUGCAUAUAUUGGAGGCUAA